AUGAAGGAAGUUAGCCUAUCUCUGUGUCUCUGGUGUGGUUCUUCGCUCGGUAUAAAAGACCUGCUGUGGGAGGGUGUUUAUCAGUGCAUUGCUUCGGCUGACACGGGAAGGACCUCGGGAAAUUGCCUUACGAUGAAAGCUAUGACAUUAUUCGUACUCUUGGCUGUGGUCGUCCUGGCAACUGCUCGGCCAGAAAUCCUAGACUUCGAGGGCGAGGAUCACCAGCACCAGCAGGAGGGAGACGCCGGGGAGCACGUGGAAGGGUCUUACAGCUGGACGUCCCCCGAAGGCGAGGAGUUCCACGUCCAGUACGUGGCCGACGAGAACGGCUACCGGGUGCUGGAGUCGAACGCCGUGCCCGUGAACCACGACGGGAUGGCGGCGGACGGCAACCAGGGAGCCUUUGGCGAGGAAGAAGGAGAAGGA